AUAUUGGACAUUAAAAUACAUUAUUAGUGGAAAAAGAAGCAGGAACCGCCAUGAUUUUUGUAUCUGCUAUUUCCUUGUUUUUACUUAUGUCCCCGUUCAUCUCUGCCCUCGUAAACUAUACUUUCAACAAAAACUUAAUUCCUCACAAUAUGAAAGAAUUCCAAGAGCAGACAAGGGAUUUUAAGUUCACGAACCCCCUCACCGCGGGGGAAUUAGAAAUUAUGAUCGCCAAUACAGAGAGCGUCAUACCAAAUUUUGAAAUGGACUUAAUCAACGAUACUUCACGUCGUUUUGAAAACUUAAAAGCUAUUUAUGAGAAGAAAAAUUAUGAGAAAAGGAAGAAAGGAAAGCCCGUGAAAAAUAUAUUAAGCAGCAGGAGCAGAGGGAAUUUAAGUGACGACGCCGCCGUGAAGAGGGCCUUCGAUUUGAUGUCCCAGUUUGUUUACGGUGCAAGGUAUAAAUUGGCAUACGGACAAGCAUUGAGAAUGCAAUACAGUUCAACCAUUGAAUAUAAGAUCGGUUACUGCUUCGCCCUUAUGAGGGACAUCAGGCAACAGCAGUUAUCACUAUAUUCGACCAUGUAUUAUGGUUACAAGCAACAUGUUGAAACCUUAUACAAUAAAGAAAGUUCAAGGUCUCACGAGCCGGACUUGCCGCUCGAGUCAUAUUUUGCAAUGUACCAUAAGGUUAUGAAACUAGAGUUGGACAUGAAAGACGUCGUUAAUUUGGCGCAAAAACUAAUGGAUAUGAGAUGGCAAAACCCGAAUACUACUAGUAAGGAAGGAAUUUUCAAAUGAGCUGUUUAACUGUAUAUUUAACAGCGCCAUCUAUCUGACCUUUUUAUACACUAAUCGAACCGUAAAGUGCAUAUUCUUAACGAUGAAUAUUGAAUAGUGUGAUAAUGUCUUCGAGAAGUCAUUUUUCUCUGGAAUUACACAGUUAUCAUCACUUAAAAUACUGCAUACUUAAAGAAACUCACAAAGUAUUGAAUUCAACCAAAUAACAAUUGAAAAAUAUAAUUUCUUAUUAGAAUGAUAUAUAGAAAUAUCUUAUUUUAUCAUAAGUCCUUACUUGUUUUAUCAUGUAAACAAACACUUCUCGAAGACACUAUUCAUCCUUAUGAAUAUACACUUUAGGGUUCGAUUAAUGUAUAAAAAGGUAUCGCGCCGUCACUUUCACUUCGUAUUGAUAGACUGUAUGUGUUAUAAAUUGAAAAUGUGUGUGAAGUGAAAUGUA